AUGGCCGCCAGGACUUCUCAACAAUCGUACGCUGCCUUCUUCGAAGACUUUGAUGAGGAUGCCAACGUUACCAUACCAGAGACUCGCACCGUUGCCAACGUUGCCGCCAAAAGGUCGAAGGCUGAUCCUCAACAGUCAGGCACUAGUACGGACGGUGCGAGCGACUCUGGAUACUCCAGUCGAACGGCAGCCACUGUUGGCAGUGCUGAUUCACUACCCACUGGAAAGAGAAGCCCUCCUUUCGUCCAGUUGGACGCUGUCAUCGCCAAUCGGGAUAUCGAACGCGUGAGAGGCCGUCCCGACGAUAGAGAAAGGGAGAAAUCAAAAUCUAAGGGGAAGGACAGGCAGUCAAAAGAAACAAACUCCUCUACUUCCAACGGAACUACUAGUACAAUUCACGUUCCCAAUAUGCGGAGAAGUUCCAGCAGACCUGCUCCCAAGCGGUCCUCGUCUAAGGCAAGAAAGUGGGAAUCUACCCAUGGACGCCAUGCUCCCGACACCUGCCCAGAUUGUGACCAGUAUGGAUACCACAACGUCUCUAUGGGAGCCCAUCCACUUCCCGACCCUCACCCCGUGGAUUACGGUUCCUACAUGCAUCCCCAAUCUCACGGUUAUGACAUCCCCCCAUCUCCGCAUCCUCAAUCAUACCAUUACCCACCCGUUGCUACUCAGGAAAUUGUAUCAUCCCGUCGCGAUCGUUCGAAUUCCUAUCACCAGAGUCGGCCCAUGAGCUACCACGCAGGGGCCAUGCCAGACAUGAAUAUGUACAUGCAUAUGACUCCUUCAACACCUGCUUACGAACAACAACAUGGGCCCCCGAUCUCUGCCUCUGCAUACGCCCACUACAUGGCUCCUUAUAAUAUGCCCAAUGGCCCUGUUGCCCCUCCCCACCCUUCUCAUAUGUCAUAUGAAUCCGCCCCGCCACCUCCUUUCGAACGGCCUCGAGCAGCAUCCACCUCGCGAUCGCCCGAAAAACCGACUGGGAGAAGAGGUUCAAUGUACGGGACCCCAGUGGUGGAAUACCCGUCCUCACCGGGCUCUGCAUCGCAGCGAUGGAUUGCAGCGACAGCCUUCCUCACGGGAAGUUCGUGUUUUCCGAUUUUUACCGCAUGCCUCCCCCCCCACUCCCCAAAGGCAAACCCCCGUCUCAGGUCAUCAUUCCCCCUCGUCGACCAUCUGCCCGCAAAGCGUCCACUUCAACAUCCACUCCGACCAUGUCACGACGCCCAGAAGGCAUCGAUAUGGAUGACCUUCGUGCAGCCCUUCCUCCAACCCGAGUCGGCCGGAAAAUGUCCAGAGAAGCCGUCCUGUCCGAGCGACGACCCAGCGCGCCUGGGAAAGCAGGCAUCAGAACCUCCUCCUACCACGAUCCUGGGCGAGCGGCCCGCAUCUCGAUUGAGAACAGCCCGUCGCCGCCGCUCAUCAGUCUAUGGCGUCGAACAGACCAAGGACCUCGACCAAAAACAGCGCGAGGCAGAGGAGUACCAGUCCGCUCGCACAUCACGCGCCACCCCGCUCACACUGGACAGUCUUGUGAAGUGUCGUCGCAGCCACCGCGCUGACAGCGAUAGCGGCAGCCUGCGCACGCGCACAGACAGCAGCCGCGGCAGCGACGCCAAAACCAAGAGCGCCAUCAGCCGCCCCGAAGACGACGAGAUCACGGUGAUGAUUGGCGGAUUGCGCAUCGGCGUGUCCAAGGACCAUAUCGAUCGCCAGGUUAUCAAUCUGAGGUCCGGCGAGGAAGGGUCUCUGGAGCUUAAUAUCGAAGGAAGGAGGCCGAAGCGGUACUUCCUCUCGCGCUCGGAGUCGCUCAGUGGUACCGGUGGCGGUGCUGUGCGGAGGGAGAUCGAGGAGAGUCGCCGCCUGCGCCACGAUUCGUCCUCUGAUCGCGCGAGUAGGCGCUCCAGUCGCUCUGGGUAUAGUGGAAGAGGACUUCUGGAGUCGUGA